CGCCAACGAGACUUUACACAGAUGUGUUUCAGGCGUGAUCGGUUCAGUUGAGGCUGCUGGGACCCCGUUCGCGCAGUGGGAUCAACUUCUUUCAUAGGAUCUACCGCGUCCUACUCGGACACCUCGACUUCAAUGUAACAGGUACCCAACGCGGCGCAGCGCAAGGUGAUCGGGGAGUUACUUUGUUGCCAAAAUCUGACACAUUUAGACGGGCUUUUAAACGCAGAAGAAAAUGCCUGUAGCUUCUCUUCUGCCUUUCACGGCCACUCCGAAUAGGAAGUCCGCCAGCCCGACCUCCUUCAGGCUCACGGAGAAAUUCAUCUUGCUUUUAGUGUUCAGCGCCUUCAUCACGUUGUGUUUCGGAGCUAUCUUCUUCUUACCGGAUUCCUCUAAGCUGCUCAGCGGAGUUUUCUUCCGCUCGUCCUCGGUGGAGGCAGAGACGCGCGCAGGUACGGUCAGUGACACGAGCACCGGGACGGGCAAAGAUGAGAAGAUCUUGGCCAAGAUCAGAAAAGACCACGAAAAAGCGCUGCUCGAAGCCAAGGACACCUUACAGAAGCGGCCGGACGAGAUCAAGGAGGACAUCAACAACGAUAAGAUUAAAUUUGAGCAAAACCGACCGGUGAAAGAUGACAGUUUGCCGUUCGUACCGUACGUGCGACCGCCUGGAGCAACAGGGCACGAGCCCGCAGAUCCUGACAUUAAAGCUAAAAGAGCCAAGAUUAAAGAGAUGAUGCAGUUUGCUUGGGACAAUUACAAGCACUACGCCUGGGGAUCCAACGAGCUGCGGCCUGUCUCCAAGCAAGGCCACUCCAGCAAUUUGUUUGGUAGUCUCAAAGGAGCCACCAUUGUGGACGCACUGGACACGCUGUACAUUAUGGAGAUGUAUGACGAAUUUGAAGCCGCUACCGAAUGGGUGGAAAAGAACCUCGACUUUAACAUGAAUGCUGAAAUCUCCGUCUUUGAAGUGAACAUCCGUUUUGUCGGAGGCCUUCUGUCUGCCUAUUAUCUCUCAGGCAAAGAGGUGUUCAGGAAAAAAGCUGUUGAACUAGGAGAGAAGCUGUUGCCGGCUUUCAAGACCCCGACCGGCGUCCCAUGGGCUCUUCUCAACCUAAAGAGUGGGGUCGGCAGAAACUGGCCAUGGGCAUCAGGAGGAAGCAGCAUUCUGGCCGAAUACGGGACGCUGCAUUUGGAGUUCAUGCACCUCAGCGCACUUUCCGGGAGACCGGUCUUUGCAGAGAAGGUAAUGAACAUCAGAAAAGUGCUGACUCGGCUGGACAAACCUCAAGGGUUGUACCCCAAUUAUCUGAACCCUAACAGUGGACAAUGGGGCCAGCAUCACGUCUCAGUUGGAGGCUUAGGGGACAGUUUCUACGAAUACCUGCUGAAGGCCUGGCUCAUGUCAGACAAAAUUGACGAGGAAGGAAAAAAGCUCUACUAUGAUGCCCUGCAGGCGAUUGAGAAAAAUCUGAUCCGGAAGUCGAGCGGAGGGUUGACGUAUAUCGCCGAAUGGAAAGGUGGACUCUUGGAGCACAAGAUGGGUCACCUGACCUGCUUCGCCGGCGGGAUGAUCGCUUUAGGAGCAGACGGAGCCCCUGAUGAGAAGACGGGUCACCAGAUGGAGCUCGCGGCUGAGAUCGCCCGCACAUGUCAUGAGUCUUACGUCCGAACAAAUCUGAAACUGGGUCCUGAGGCGUUUCGUUUCGACGGCGGCGUGGAGGCCAUCGCCACUCGGCAAAACGAGAAAUACUUCAUCCUGAGGCCAGAGGUCAUCGAGACGUACAUGUACAUGUGGAGGUUUACCCAUGACCCCAAAUACAGACAAUGGGGCUGGGAGGCAGUGCAGGCUCUGGAGAAGCACUGCAGGGUGGAGGGAGGUUACAGCGGAGUGCGAGAUGUUUACAGCAACAAUCCAAACCAUGAUGACGUGCAGCAGAGCUUCUACCUGGCUGAAACGCUCAAAUAUCUCUAUCUGCUGUUCUCAGACGACGACCACUUGCCCUUCGACCACUGGGUGUUCAACACAGAGGCUCAUCCCUUACCCGUCAUCAAGAAAGAGAGCCCAGAGUUACCAAACCAUCUCAAGUAAACUUCAUUCCAUCUCAAGAAACGCCACUGAAACACAACUUCCUUCGGCAGUGGACAAGAGCAAUGGACGUCAAAGCGUUGCGGCUGGAGAGUUUCUAUCCUCCAGGACUCCUGCUGGAGCUUUAUGUGUUUUCCCCCUUCCUCUGCCGUCUCUUUUCAGGAAUCUGCAUGCUGCCCCCUGCCCUCCUCCUGCUCUCUUUUUUUUCUGUCCUUAACACUAUGGACACGUUUCUGAGCCUCGGAGACCCAGAAGGACCAUUUUUUUCCUCUGUGAGGAGACCAGACCGUUUUCCAUCACACUUGCCCUCUCACACACUUUAUAAAGCCAUAGGUGAUUCAAAG